GCAGCCGAAUCCAGCGUGGUACUAUAAGGACGGUCCAAUCACACAGGUCAUAGAGUGAAAAAGGAGUAAUUGAGAAAGCGGGUGCAGGGCUGCACGAAGCAGAGGAUGAAAAAGGAGGCGUGAUGAGGAAAAGAAACGUGUGGAAGGAAGAUCAAUGGAGGGGACAGGUGGAGACGCAGUUCGUGCCUCUCUCUUUUUUUCCUUUCUCCACUCACAAUUCACAAUAGAUGCGUGUGCCAUCAACAAAACUUACAUUUUCCUCACACGUGUCGCUGUCUCGCCUCUCCUUUCUGCUCCUUUUAUCGCCUCCUCGCUUCUUUUUCUUCCCCCCUCUUCUCUGUCUGCUCUCUCAACCACGACACCGUUUGCGAUGGAGGAGGACGAGCAACUCGAACGAUUCCACUCCGAGUUCGCCUCCACCAGUUCCGGCUCCGCCAUUUCCUCCACCGACGAUUUCCGCAACCUCACCAGCUCCGGCGACAUUUCCUCCAUCAGCAGCGGCUCCGGCGAGAUUCCUCCCGUCGCGGCUCUCGCGCCGCCGCCCAGGGACAAGUGCGUCGGAAGGACUAACAAGGGAGUGAGUUGGGGACACACUUCGGUGAUUGGGAGGCGGAAGGAGAUGGAGGACGCCGUCGCUGUUAUUCCGGGAUUCAUGUCUCGCACCUGUUAUCAUGUCGGCGGUUGUACGGCUCCCGGCUCCAGAUCCUCCUGUGAGAUCGCUCCACUUCAUUUCUUCGGCGUUUACGACGGCCACGGUGGCUCUCAGGUGGCUAAGUUUUGUGCCAAGCGAAUGCACGAUGUUAUAGCAGAGGAGUGGGACCGAGAAAUGGCAAGUGCAGCUGAAUGGCAGAGAAGAUGGGAAACCGUAUUUGCUAACAGUUUUGACAGGACUGACAAUGAAAUCCUAUCUGACACAGUUGCACCAGAAAUGGUAGGAUCUACUGCCUCUGUAGUGGUUCUAUCUGGUUGCCAAAUUAUUACAUCCAACUGCGGCGACUCAAGGGUAGUUCUUUGCCGCAGGACACAAACAAUCCCCCUAACAGUGGAUCAGAAGCCGGAUAGACAAGAUGAACUCUUGAGAAUUGAAGGAGGUGGAGGAAAAGUCAUAAACUGGAAUGGAGCUAGGGUGUUUGGUGUUCUUGCCAUGUCCAGGGCCAUAGGUGAUCGGUACUUGAGACCAUGGAUUAUUCCAGUGCCAGAGAUAACUUUUACAGCCAGAACUGACGAGGAUGAGUGCUUAAUUUUAGCAAGUGAUGGACUUUGGGAUGUAAUGACCAAUGAAGAAGUUGGGGAAGUGGCACGCCACAUUCUUAGAAGGCGCCGCAGAUCUUUGUCAAUGGAGGAAAAGUCUCCUGCACAAGUUGUUGCUGACAGCCUGACUGAAAUUGCAUAUGGUAGAAAUAGUAAAGAUAACAUUUCAAUCAUAGUUGUUGAUCUGAAAUCAAAGAGAAAACGUCAGCAAAGGCCUUCUUUAAUUUCCUAAGAAUCUGAUUCUCUUAAAUUUUUUUCAAUCUUGAGAAGGGCAAAGAGACGAUAAUCAAGUUGUAGAGUUGAUCUACAAACAAACCUUUCUUCUUUUUUUUUUUUUUUUUUUUUUUUUUU